AUGCCCUCCUCUCUGGGUUCUCACUCCCAUAGGAGCACAACCAAAUCUUCCCAGAAACCAUUCAAGUCCCGGAAGGCGACCAAGGGCGCACUGAAGGAAAUACAGAAGGGCAAGGUGCAAGACCUUAGUCACCGCAAAUCCCCCCAUCAGCAACUCAUGUCCAAAUUCGAUCGCCGAAAUCAAGCGCGACAGAAGCAACAAACGAAACACAAGGAACAUCUGAGAGACAACAGCGUAUUUGCUGGCCGUGAUGGAGCAGCAAGGAUUGUCGCUGUGAUACCCCUAUGCGAAGAUGUAGACACCGCUGCGGCUGUACGCCUGCUGAACGACAGUGUUGACAUCGAUAUCGAGAUUCCAGAGCAAGGUUCAGUGCAGGUGGAUAUCGACAGGUUCAAACAGAAAGUUCGAUAUGUGGGCUUAAAACGAGACCUGAUAGCAUGCAUGGACGCAGCUCGAGUUUCGGAUUUUGUUAUGUUUAUAUUGUCUCCGGACCAAGAGGUGGAUGAACUUGGAGAGCUUAUUAUUAGAAGUGUUGAAGGGCAAGGGAUGUCCACGUUAGUGACGGCUGUUGUUGGUCUAGGAAAGAUUGAGCCUCCUAAGAAAAGAGCACAAGUUCUCUCUUCUUUGAAAUCUUACGUUACGCACUUCCACCCCGACCAGGAGAAACUCCACAAUUUGGAUUCGAGGCAGGAAUGUGCCAAUUUGGUGCGUUCGCUGUGCACUACUACACCCAAAGGAAUACAUUGGAGGGACGACAGGAGCUGGGUGUUGAUUGAUAAUGUUCAAUGGCCCGAAGACUUAGAGGGAAAUGUGGUCCUCACAGGAGUGGUCCGGGGUAAAGGACUCAAGGCGGAUCGUCUUGUCCAGGUUGGCGACUGGGGAGAUUUCCAGAUCGAGAAGAUCACCGCAGCCCCUUCGGAUUCAAAGAAGAGGCGGCCCGAUGGCAUGGCGGUAGAUGAUUCCGAAAAAAUACUCGAUACUCCAACGGAAGACCAGGAUGAUACCGCGGAGCUGGCUCCGGAAGAGGUUGUGAUGAAAGAUGAUAUGGAUGGUAUGGACAUGUCGGUUACAACCGCUGAAAAGCGCGGAGUUCUGUUGGAUGACCACCAUUAUUUCUCGGACGAUGAGACGCAUUUGCCAGCGGUUCCAAAGCGAUUGCCCAAGGGAACAUCGGCUUACCAAGCCGCAUGGUUUCUUGGUGAUGAUUUCUCGGAUUCUGGAUCCGAUUAUGAAGAUGUUAAUGAUCAGAAUGACGUGGAUAUGGAUACACCAGCGCUGCCCCAGGAUGGCGCUGAGGGAGUUGCUCCUCGUGAACCUACUGAAAUGGCCCCGUCAGAAUACCCGCAAUCCGAGAUGUUUUUGGACCCAAAUCCAGACGACGAAGCUGAGGCAGAGCAACUCGCGGCUUUCAGACAACGCAAGGGUGAUGAAGCUGAGGAAGAUCGUGAAUUUCCGGAUGAAAUUGAGUUGCAUCCACAUGUACUGGCAAGAGAACGAUUGGCACGCUACCGUGGAUUGAAGAGUCUUCGUACCAGCCACUGGGAAGAAGAUGAAGACAAGGCACAUGAGCCUGAAGAAUGGAGAAGACUUCUUCAAGUUCCCAAUUACAAGGCAGCAAGGAGUCAGGUCGCCCGCGAAGCGUUAGUCGGUGGAGUUGCCCCAGGGACUCGUGUCCAUGUAUAUCUCCGCAAUGUACCCGCCUCAAUACGCUCCACUUACGAUCCAUCUCGCCCACUUACUCUUGUCUCGCUGCUUCGCCACGAGCGUAAGCGUGCCGUGGUCAAUUUCAACUUGACUCUUAGCUCCGACUUCCCAGAGCCAAUCAAAUCUAAAGACGAGCUGGUCAUGCAAUGCGGCCCUCGCCGGUUUAUUAUCAAGCCCAUAUUUUCUGAAGGAGGAAAUACAUCGAAUGAUGUCCACAAGUUCGAUCGGUUCCUACAUCCAGGACGUUCGGCGAUCGCAACAUUUGUUGCACCAAUCACUUGGGGCUUUGUCCCAGCACUUUUUUUCAAACCGACCACGGACGGAAAUCCACAAGCUCCAUUAAACCUUAUAGCGACUGGGACGUCACUUGCACCAUCCUCGACUCGGGUCGUUGCCAAACGCAUCAUUGUCACUGGUCACCCGUACAAGAUCCACAAAAAACUUGUUACGAUCCGCUACAUGUUUUUCAACCGCGAGGAUGUGGAAUGGUUCAAAGCGUUGCAACUAUGGACCAAGCGAGGGAGAAGUGGACAUAUUAAGGAGAGUCUGGGCACUCAUGGCUAUUUCAAAGCGACAUUUGAUGGAAAGAUUAAUCCUCAAGACUCUGUUGGGGUUAGUUUGUAUAAGAGGGUGUGGCCGAGGAUAGCUGAGCCUUGGAAUUCAGCACAUAGCCAUGGGGCUGAAGAUGUUGUUAUGGAUACGGAUAAGGAUGUGGGUGGUGGAGACAUGGUACUGUAG